GUUGCACGGCACCUUGGACAACUCGUAUGUGAAUAUGAUUUCGCUCGAAUCUCUAAUUUCUUGACGUAAAAUUGGCUUUCCAGUUGGUAAGCUUGGUGAAUAAGUGCCCCGCGUGCCCCGACUCGUUCGAAAAUAACUCUCCCAGUUUGCAAAUUUGUGAAACAACGCUUAUGCCAUGAUUUUAUAGGGACCAGUGAAUGUGGGUGACGUUUCAUUUCUCUGGCUUGGAUGUUUUCGGUGAAAUCGUUUCGUCGUCAUUUUGACAGAGAUCGAUAAAUUUACACCAGUCAUGUUUUCGGCGCUGAAGAAAUUGGUCGGGAGCGAUGCCCAUAAUAAAGGAACUGUACCAUCUGGAAUGCAAGCAAUGGGGCAGAAUUUACAGAGACGAUUUGCUAAAGGAGUCCAGUACAACAUGAAAAUAAUAAUUAAAGGUGACAGAAAUACUGGUAAGACUACAUUGUUUCAAAGGUUACAAGGACAGAAGUUUAUGGAAGAAUACAUUCCCACUCAAGAAAUACAAGUUGCUAGUAUCCAAUGGAGUUAUAAGAAGCUAAAAAAGCAACAUAAUGUGAAAACCAAGGAAUUACAACAUUUCGAUACAGACGAUGUGGUAAAAGUGGAAGUUUGGGAUGUUGUUGAUAAAGGCAAAAGUAGAAAAAAACAGGAUGGACUGAAAAUAGAAAAUUCACCAGAUGAAAGUCAGUCAUCUGAACCAUGUCUAGAUGCUGCAUUCUUGGAUGUCUAUAAAGGAACACAUGGAGUGGUAAUGAUGAUGGAUAUGACCAAACAGUGGACGUAUGAUUAUAUUGAAAGAGAGCUUCCGAAAGUUCCUAAUCAUAUUCCUGUGUUAGUGCUGUCUAAUCACAGAGACAUGGGAGAACACAGAGUAAUAUUGAGUGAGGAUGUCCGAAAUUAUGUAGAAAAUUAUGAAAGGCCGAUAGGAUCUGCUAUGAUUCAAUAUGCAGAGUCAUCCAUGAAAAAUGGGUUUGGUUUAAAAUAUCUUCAUAAAUUUUUUAAUAUUCCAUUUCUGAUAUUACAGAGAGAGACAUUAAUGAGGCAAUUAGAAACCAAUCAAAAAGAUAUAGACUCAACCUUAGAAGAACUGCAUAUCCACGGAGAAUCAGAAGAACAAAAUUAUGAUAUGUAUUUAGAUGCGCUAGAACUCAAAAAGAAGAAUCAACAAGCUAAGCAAGAGGCUGAGGCAGCUGCCAAGUUAGCUGCAGAACUUAAUGAUCAAUCAAAAUCAACAGGUGGAUCUAAUCCCGACACUCCCAAUUCAAUGACACCUAGUAAAUCAAGCCCUGCAGCAACGCCUGGUUCUGUGACCCCAACAAAGCCACAACCUAGCGAUCAGAACACAGCUCCUUCACUACAACAGAGAGUCAGUAGGUUUUUUAGUAGUAGCAGCGCUGGUAGUAGUAGUGCACCUGAUUUACAGCAACAUGGAAAUUUAGACCACAACUCAAUGCUCGAACUACCCGUUCCUACAAUGGGUAAAGUGAAAAGUGUUGAAGACUUUAUUCCUAGUGAUCAAAUAGACAGUAGCUUUCUGGAAGACACUGGCAAAACUAAGUCAUCUGGGACUAAUCAAAUAGUGAACAAAGACAAUGUCGACAGUGAUGAGGAGGAAGGAUUCAACCCAAUGGUGGCUGGAUUUGUGGAAGACUUGGAUUCUGAAGAUGAGAGAUUGGCUAAAGCUUCAGCUGCCGUUGCUGCAAGCUUUAAUGUUGACAUUUCCAGUGAUGAAGAUGACACACCGGCAGUGGUUGCUGAUGAUGUUACAGAUUUUGAGAAUAACAUUGUGAAUGGCAUGGCAUCUAAACAAACUGGUCUGUUAUUAUUCAAUUCUACAUCAAGUGCAAUACAGAAUGCGCCUAGUAAUAUAAAAGAGGCUAGCGCACGAACGAGAAAAUCUACAACGGGAGAUGAAAGUGAUGAUAUUGAUGAUCACCAAGGUAACGGUGUUUCUCUAGAGAUGGCAGAUGUAGAAGAUUUCAUGCCUGAAAAGACGAAACCAAAGAAGAAAACAGUUGAUUCACCUCAACUGAAAUUUGACGACAAUGAUUUGAAUUUUCUUGAAGCUCAUUGUGGUGUGAGUAAAGUGUCUACACCUUCAACACCAACAACCUCAUCAGUUGCAUCCACAAAGGAUGCCAGUAGUGAAGAAGAAAAGAAAAGUUCAACAAAGAAGAAGAAACAUAAAGAAAAAGACCGAGAUAAGGACGGCGAAAAAAGCCGCAAAAAACACAAACACAAAAAACACAAAGAUAAGGACAAGGAAAAACAGAAAGACAAGGUGGAAUUAGAUGAUGACAAGGAAAAAAAGAAAAAGAAAAAAGCAAAAAAAACUGAGGAGGAAAAACAAUGGGAUGACUUUGAAGCAUUUUUGAGUGGCAAAGAGAAACCCAAAUCUGGCGGUGACUAUGAGGUGUUUUAAGAAUAACUGAUACGUAAUCAGUAUUUGUAAAUAGAAACAUAAACUUUGUAAAUAAUACAAACAGUUGGUAGGAGGGAGUGUAUAUAAACAU